AUGACGAAAAUGCACAAAAUAAUCAAAUCGACAACGUCGAUAAUAUUACUUCUCUCCACGCUCUUUACCACAUCCAAUACACUACCGAUACCAUUACAAAAACGCGGUCAAUUCAGCGGCGAUGCAACUUUUUAUAAUCCCGGUUUAGGCGCAUGCGGCAUAACGAGCACCGACGCUGACAUGAUUGCGGCGUUAAAUGCUCCACAAUGGGGGAAUCCCGCAAAUCCAAACGCGAGCCCUUUCUGUGGAAAAAUGGCGACUAUCACAGGGCCUCUUGGUACAGUCACAGUCAAGAUCGUUGAUAAAUGUCCAGUUUGUAAAUUUGGUAGCAUGGAUCUUGCACCGGCCGCUUUUAAUAAAAUCGGAAAUCCUAACGAUGGGAGAACAACUCCGCCUUCACCAAGUAGCUCGUCGUCACCAUCAAAACCUUCAUCUUCAUCGAAUAGCCCAUCCUCAAAUAGUAACAGUAGUAGUGAUGAUACUAGUAGCUCUAAACCUACAUCCACAGCUAAUCCGCCGCCUAAUAUCGCAGAUAUCAGCAGAUCAUUUUACGAUGGAAAAGUCGCACCACAUUUGCCAUCAACAACAACGCCAUCAAACCCUCUGAAAAACUCUGUUACUAAACAACCAUCGAUUGCUCAAUGGGAUACAAAAUAUCAACGACACUACUUUGUUGAACCUAGUAAAGGAAUCACAACAUGGGAGGAUCCAAGAGGCCCAUUACCUUCUCAGUCUCACACAACAGCUCAUUCGGCCACAAAUAAUCAUCAAGCCACAAACCAGUCUCAUUCUCCAUAUGUCGCACCUCAACAGCAUCAACAACAACAGCAUCAACAGCAUCAACAACAGCAGCAUCAACAGCAUCAACAACAACAGCAUCAACAACAACAUCAUCAACAACAUCAACAACAACAACAUCAACAACAUCAACAACAUCAACAACAACAACAUCAACAACAGCUACAGCUACAACAACAGCAACAAUAUUAUUCUCAACAGCAAUAUCAGCAGCAAUAUCAGACACAACCAAAGCUACAGCAACAACUACAUCAACAACCACAACAACAACUACAUCAACAACCACAGCAACAACUACAUCAACAACCACAACAACAACCACAAAACCCACAAAAACCCACAAACAAUGCUGGAGGAAUUUCUUUGGGAAAAGCAGCAAUGUUUGGCGGCGGUGCUGCAGUUCUUGGUGCUGCUGCAUUGAGUGCUGCAAACCCAAAUGAUAGUAGCGAUGAUUCUGGUUCUAGUGGCCUCUUUGGUGGACUUAUGCAUGUUCCAAAUAUGGUUGGAAAAUUACUGUUGAAUGAUGAAAGUAGUAAUGAUAAUAAUCAAUAG